CACGCGCUCCGGGAUCAUUUGUCAUCAGUGAAGACGAGACGAAACUGUCUCAAGUUGACAGGGAGGCAGACUCAUCGCUUCUUCUACUCACUGAAGCCUUUACUUGCUUUUGAUCAUGGAUGCGUCCCUCUUUCAGUUCUUCCUAGAGGAAUUCGGCGACACCAACUGUACUCUUAUGGAUGCUUUUCAGGACACUUUAUACGAGAAUUCGUCUUUUGCGUCGAUGAGUGUCGACGGUCUGUAUUGUAACGCCACUACGGAUGAAAUCGGAACUUGCUGGCCAAGAAGCAACUCUGGACGAAUAAUUGAGCGACCGUGUCCGGAGUUCAUUAACGGCAUCAAAUACAACACCAGUAGAAUUGCUUACAGAGAGUGCUUGGACAAUGGCACAUGGGCACUGAAAAGUAACUACUCCAACUGUGAGCCCAUUUUAGAGGAAAAGAGGAAGUACCCCAUGCACUACAAGAUAGCCCUCAUCAUAAACUACUUUGGUCACUGUAUAUCUGUUGGAGCUCUCGUUAUUGCCUUCAUUCUCUUUCUGUGCUUGAGGAGCAUCCGAUGCCUUCGCAACAUAAUCCACUGGAACUUAAUUACGACUUUCAUUCUGAGGAAUGUAAUGUGGUUUUUGCUUCAGCUGAUUGACCAACACAUUUAUGAGACGAAUGAGCCCUGGUGUCGUCUUAUAACAACAAUCUAUAAUUACUUUGUGGUGACCAAUUUUUUCUGGAUGUUUGUGGAGGGCUGCUAUCUUCACACAGCUAUUGUGAUGACAUAUUCCACAGACAAGCUUAGAAAAUGGGUCUUCCUCUUCAUUGGAUGGUGUAUACCAUGUCCGAUAAUUAUAGCAUGGGCCAUUGGAAAACUUUACUAUGAAAACGAACAAUGCUGGUUUGGGAAGGAACCUGGAAAGCACAUAGACUACAUUUAUCAGGGGCCCGUGAUUUUAGUUCUUCUUAUAAAUUUUGUGUUCCUUUUCAACAUUGUGCGCAUUUUAAUGACAAAACUGAGGGCUUCAACCACAUCUGAAACAAUACAAUACAGGAAAGCGGUGAAGGCCACUCUAGUGCUUCUGCCUUUACUCGGUAUCACAUAUAUGCUGUUUUUUGUGAACCCAGGCGAGGAUGACAUAUCUCAGAUUGUAUUCAUCUAUUUCAACUCAUUUCUCCAGUCCUUUCAGGGAUUCUUUGUGUCAGUAUUUUACUGCUUUCUUAAUGGGGAGGUACGUUCCGCAGCCAGAAAGCGUUGGCACCGCUGGCAAGACAAACACUCGCUGCGAGUCAGAGUGGCGAGAGCCAUGUCCAUCCCCACCUCCCCCACCCGCAUCAGCUUUCACAGCAUCAAGCAGACCACAGCCGUCUGACCUUUACGCUAUAGCAUUUCCUCUUUUAUAAUUCAGCCACAUAGUUGGACUGCAAGUGGCACGAGAGACCAAGUGAUUGUUUUUGGCUUUUUAUGGUCGGGAGUGUGACAUCUGUCAAGCAGUGAAUUUAAUUUAUAUCUCUUGUUUAAUUUUAAUAAUGGACCAUGAAUGGAAGGGUUUUAACUGAACUGAUUAAAUUUUUCUUUUUACUCAAUAGUUGCCACAAUCCAGAAGACCCUAUGACCCUAUCUAUCUAUCUAUCUAUCUAUCUAUCUAUCUAUCUAUCUAUCUAUCUAUCUAUCUAUCUAUCUAUCUAUCUAUCUAUCUAUCUAUCUAUCUAUCUAUCUAUCUAUCUAUCUAUCUAUCUAUCUAU